AUGGUCGAUGAUCGACUGGCGGGGGCACUUCUGUCCAUCAGUCAUAACGAAUCCCGCGCUGCACCCGGGCUGGCCUCGGCGGCAAGUUCAAAGACAGCGCACGCGCAUGAUAUGGCUGCAGCGGGGCCUCACGUCCCAAUACCAACCAGAUGCAGCCAUGUUUCAGGUCUAGCGGAGGAUCAUACGCAGCCUCAGCUGAUGGAACUUGGUCAGAAACAUAGGCCAUGGCGGCCAUGGGAGACGGUUGAAAGCAGUGUCGCUCGGGAUGUUGUGAUGAGGCACUCGCCUGAAGCAGAUGCGCACAGAGCAGACCAGUGCACGGUUCAUGCACGAUCGAGUCGAACCCCCCGCAUUGGCUGCGGCACGACAUAUCUCGAGCACUAUCUAGAGGCUCACCUUCAGAGCUCACCGUGCCGCACCAGAUAUCAGUCAUUGAUAGAGAAUAUUGAAGAACGAACCUUUUCACGUUCACCGACGAACUUUACCACCUCAGCUUCCUCGUCGCCAUGGUCGCUAUACUCUGUGGAGUGGGACGAGCCGUGGCCUUCUUUCGAUCGGCCGGAGUUCUCAGAUGUCGAAACCUCGAAAUAUGAAUUGCCGACGAGCUGUAACUCGUUCCAGGACAGCGCGGAAGGGAGUCCAUCUACAGCGCAAGGCAGAAAUGCAAGCACAUCUCAGGAAGGCUCCCAGGGCCUGACAGCGGACCCGAGUGGCGGGAAACGUCAAAGAGGAGACACGGAAUCGCCAAAUGGACUCCGCGAACCUGCUGCGAAGAGGACGAGGCACGGCGCCAAAGGCCGGAGGAAGCAGCCAGAAAUUGAAUGCAUCUGGUACGUGGUAAAUGGGAGAAGUGAUCCAAACGAUGCGAAACGAUGGCCCACACUAUACGACAUGCAUCGUCAUGGACGCCACGCACAUCGCAUGUUCAUGUGUGAGGAUUGUUUCUUGCCAUUUAAAACGGAUGAACAACGACUGGAUCACAAAGACGGCGGUGUCAAUCCAUGUGUCAGGUCUUGUGAAUUUGUUCGUUGCCGUCGUCGGCGGCUCCGUUCGUUGAGCCAUCUCACUCAUUGUGACCAUAUAUUUACCGUAUCGGCACGCUGGCAGGCUGCUCUUCGUACGGCAGAAGCCAUGAUACACGGACACACGUCUAACAAUUUGCGUAAUUCACCAUCUCUCGAGCAGCAGCAGCAGCAGCACACGGGAGGCGAGAGCGACCUUACCAAUGCUCUUUCUCAGUCAAGCCACGACACGGGCGAAGUCGAGAUUGGGACUGCACAGGACGCGAGAGAUACUUCUGGAGAAAGGCAUCAGGUAUCACCUGCCAGCCGAGUGUACGGUUCCCUUGGGAGAGUCACCCAGUCGGAGCAACAACUGAGCAGUACCCAACCAGAAACCAGCUCUGCUCACAUAGGGCCCCUUGAACAAUCCCAGGCACGACUACAGCAUCUGCUCGCUACAGCCUGUCAUGAGCUUCAGGCUGCGGGCAGCCCAUCUCUCCGCGUAGGAGCAAGCUUUCGCAAUGCUUUGAGUGUUGACGCACCUAACAUUCUGGCGGAGAUCGAACGCAUCCCUCUGGGGACCGUACGCGAGCCGGUUAAUACAAAUCAGACUCGCGGUGCAUGGUACCAUGCACCCGUUGUCACUGAAUUGGCCUCAAACAGUACAAACCAUAUUCCGUGCCGGCUCUCUUCCCCAGCCCAAGUGAAUGACUUGGCCUCUUUUCGGCCUCUUGCACCAUUCUUCCCGGAACAGGAUACUGGAACAAUACCAACCAUAGAUCAAUACGGCGGCACGUUUGUUGUUCCCAGUAGAGACUCUACUAUGCUCCAAUUGCCCUCCGAUAGAAUGCAAUUCCACAGCAAUCCGUCUGGAACUGCCGCGUCGGCAAACCUACCCAGUGCGAUGUAUCCCAUGCCAACUCAACCCGACUCCGCAACUACAAAUGACUAUUACUCUCAGUCGUCUGGUGGUCACGAACGGUCUUCGAUCAGCAGAAGCCAAGGACCGUGGGAAAGGAAGAGGUAGUUGCCGCCAGUCUUACACUUUUGCUCUCAUACUGUAGCAACCGAGAGUUGCGUCCUGAGCAGUAUCAGAAUUUCGAGUAUGGAACAGUAGACCAUUAGGCCGAACAGUAUCGCCGCAGGAGGAUUGAAGUUGUUCAUUCUUUCCGUAUCGUACCUAAAGUCUCUAGUAGAAACAGAGAUAGCAGGGCAAAACCAAUAUUUCAAUCUUUUUUCAAAUAUUCUCGCUAUUAAUAAAUUCAGAUCGCU